AUGGUGGAAUUUACUGAAUUCCAAAGGAAACGUCAAGAAAAUAUUAAGAGAAAUAAUGAUCUAUUGAAGAAACUGAAUUUGAGUAAUAAGGCAUCACAGAUUAAGAGAGAAGCAGGAGUCCAGGUUGACGACAUCCAUGCAAAGAAGAAGAAACCAAAUGCCAAACCGAGAACUAGAAAGACAGCGGUGAAGGAGAAGACACCAGUUGGCCCUGUAAGACGAUCCAGAAGAUUGAGAGGUGAAACCGUCGAUACAAAUGGUAUCCCCAAUGUAAACGAUAAUCAACUAAUGAAAAUGAAUCACAAUGGCAAUGUAAAGGAAGAAGAACUCGAUGAGUCUUAUAAGGAUAUGAAGAUUGUUGGUGAUAUUAAAUUGAGCGAUCUGAUUAAGGACGAGGAUGACAGUGCCAUUUUGAAGAAAUUUAAAUCCAUUGCUAAUGUUUCAAGUGGCGAUUUCUUCAAUGAAUUGAAAAAAUAUCAAACAGAUUCGAAAUUAACCCCCGAUAUAGAUGAGCAACUGAAAGAAUUUGACUUAAAUUUGUAUGAUGUAUUUCAACCAAAUGAAAUUAAGAUUGUAUAUGAGAGAAUUUCAGCUAUUUAUUUCCAUCCCUCUGUGGAAAAGAAACUUAUUGUAGCAGGAGAUACGUCAGGUAAUGUUGGCUUCUGGAAUGUUCGAGAUGAUCCAAUAGAAGAUGAACUUGAAGAGCCUGAAAUUACUCGGGUCAAGCUAUUUAAUAAAAACGUGGGGAGGAUCGACUGUUUCCCCACAGAUACUUCAAAGAUCUUAUUGACAUCUUAUGAUGGUUCUAUCCGUUCCGUUGAUCUAAACAAUUUGGAUAGUGCAGAUAUAUUGACUUUAAAAAACGAAUAUGACGAUCCAUUAGGAAUCAGUGACUGUCAAUUCAGUUAUGAUAAUCCAAACCUUCUUCUCUUGACAACACUAAGCGGGGAAUUUACUAAAUUGGACUUAAGAAUGAAAAAUAUAGAGGUGGAUCUAAAGCGAUUGGCGGAUAAAAAAAUUGGAUCAAUGUGUAUUAAUCCCCAGCGUCCCUAUGAAAUUGCAACGGGUUCUCUUGAUAGGACUUUGAAAAUUUGGGAUAUUAGAAAAAUUAUAGAAAAGCCUGAUUGGUCUCAAUACGAAGACUUUCCAAGCCAUGAAAUAGUGUCCACCUAUGAUUCAAGGUUAAGUGUAUCAGGUGUUUCUUAUUCUCCAACUGAUGGUACUCUUGUUUGUAAUGGCUAUGAUGAUACAAUAAGACUAUUUGAUGUGAAAGAACCAAAGUUACCUGAAGAUUUGCAACCUAAACUAACCUUAAAACAUAAUUGUCAAACAGGUAGAUGGACAAGUAUAUUGAAGGCUAGAUUUAAACCAAAUAAGAAUGUGUUCGCUAUAGCUAAUAUGAGUAGGGCCAUAGAUAUUUACACGAGUUCAGGAGAACAGUUAGCUCAUCUAACCACAGCGACUGUUCCGGCAGUUAUAUCAUGGCAUCCUUUACAGAAUUGGAUUGUUGGUGGGAACUCCAGUGGUAAGGCGUUUUUAUUUACCAAUGAGUUAAAGAGCAAAGAUGAAGAUUGA